AUGCUGUUCAAUCCCAUUGCUGCUGCAUCGCUGCUAGCUGUGCUCGGCACGCUAUUGACGGAUGUGUUGGCUCAGGAUGCCGAGGGCUGGUACAAUGCUCACCCAGCCAUGGCGCGUAUCAACCGGGUGAACCAAGACACACAUCAGAUCGUCGAUGAAUUCGGCCGUACGCGGUUCUUCCACGGAACCAAUGUCGUUAUGAAGGAGCCGCCGUGGCAUCGGCCAUUAGAGUGGGUACCUGGUGUCUCGUCGUUUGGCAAGCAAGAUGUUCAAAACCUACAUGACUUGGGUCUAAACAUCGUGCGAUUGGGCCACAGCUGGGCCGGUGCCGAGCCUGUGCGUGGGUUGUACAACCAGACAUUUCUCGACAUCUUAAAGAAGCAGACCAAGAUGGCUGAGGACCAUGGCCUCUAUGUUCUAGUGGAUGUGCAUCAGGACUGCCUCUCCCGGCAAUUUUGUGGUCACGGCGUACCUGACUGGUUUGUUCAGGAGGACUGGAUACCGAGCAGCAGCAUGUAUCCAUUUCCUCUCAAGCUGGCUCCGUUCCCUGUGGAUGAAAAUGGCUUCCCAUCGCCGCAGUCGCUCUGCGAUACUAUCGACUGGUCUCUGAGUUACACAUCGGUGGCGGUGGGCAAUGCGUUUGGGUGGCUAUACAACAACUACGACGGGGUGGGCGACGCGUUUGCGAUGUACUGGAAAAAGCUGGCAUCCUUGUAUGCCGGGACGGCCAACGUGGUUGGCUAUAAUUUGUUGAAUGAGCCGUGGGUGGGCGACACGUGGGCUGAUCCGACAUUGCUAGUACCAGGUGUUGCCGACCACAAAGUUCUAGAAGGGCUCUGGAACCGCGCCACUAAGCAGAUCCGUAUCAUCGACAAUGACACACUCAUUUGGUUCGAAGGCGCUACCCUAGAUAUCUUAUCGGGUUUCAACAACGUCCCUCUUAGGGACGGCUCAAAGUCAGUGCAGUCAUUCCACUACUACAGCCCGCCGCAGCUGGGCUCCAUUUCCACCACGCUCAACAACCGCCACAAGGACAACGAGCGUCUUAAGACCGCUGGUGUGCUAACCGAGCUUACGUUCUGGAUGGGCGACGAGAAGCAGAUGCAGGGCCUAACAGAUGCCAUGGCGGCGACCGACGCAAAUAUGGUUUCCUGGAUUGGUUGGGCAUACGAGAAUCUGUACAAUGGCACGUCUGGUCAUCCUUACCCUGAACUAGCGAAGCACUACAGUCGUGCAUAUCCCGCCGCCGUCGCUGGCACUCCCACCAGUUUCAGCUUUUCUGAGAGCUCGGCCACUUUCAAGCUGCAGUUCACGUCUGAUCCCAGUAUUGACGCGCCCACCGAAAUCAUCCUACCCCCAUCCACCUUCCCCAAUGGAUAUACGGUCCAGGUCUCACCCGACGGCAGUGUGCUGCAGUAUACGCUCGACAAACGUACCCUGGCCUUGUUCACAUCCACCAACGUCAAGAACGCUACCAAAAUCUCUGUCACUAUUUCUUGUAAAUAG